AUGCCUCACAAUAGAGACUUUCAACCACACACAAUCAGCCAGUAACAACUGCCUGAGACGCAGUCGCAGUUCAAAGCCCAAUAUGUCUGCUGCUACUGCUGCCCAAGCUUAUUUAAUGUCGCUCAGGAUUAUGACUUAAUGUUGAAGUUCAAGAAAAUGUCGACCACAGACCCCCAACUUGAAGAGCGCCGGGGAUUUACCGACUGGGAUGGGAUCAUGGCUGAGUUGUUUAACAUAGACAACCUGGCCCCCCUUGAGAGCCCCCAUGACUCCAGCUCAGGUAUCGCCAGCGAUGGCCCCCAUUACCGCUCCUCAACAAGCGUCUCCACCAACCGUGGCACCCCGUCCCCGCACCAUGGGGUCCCGUCCCCUCGGGAUACGCCCUCCUCUGGGAUGUCAGCCCAUAGCGGCAUAAUGGAGGCCUCAGAUAUGUUCACGCCCAGUCCACAUCACCUCAAGGGGCGUGGUGAGAAACUGAACGGAUAUCACCGUGAGUCCCCAGCACCGUAUCCGGACCACAGGAACGGAUAUCCAGGUGACCAGGAGGGGAGACAUGCUGACAGGAUCGGAUAUGUUGACAGAAAUGGAUAUCAUGAAAGUCCCAACAGACACAUAGAUAGAAAUGGAUACCCAGAAAGCCCUGUUAGACAUUUAGACAGGAGUGGAUAUCCUGAAAACAGACAUAUGGAUAGAAAUGGAUAUGCUGAUAAUCCAGCCAAGUACAUGGAUAGAAAUGGAUACCCGGAUAAUGCUGGGAAAUAUGUGGACAGAAACGGAUAUGCUGAGCAUUCUGGAUUGUACGCCGUUGACAGAAACGGCAGUUACUACACACUAGACAAAGUCCCCAUUGACAAGGUUCACCCAUACUAUGCACGUGAAUUGAGAAGUCCCAAUCACCUUCAGAGACAAUCUCCCGCGCCCCGGCCCCCCUCUCAGGGUCACAUGUCGCCCAUGAUGGGUCACAUGUCCCCCAUGAUUGAGCCUGUGUGUUAUAGUCCCUCCUUAGACUUAAUGGGGUACUAUGGGUACCCACACACCGCCGGGUACCCUCACGCGCAGACCCCAUCACCAGUGUUUGAUGGGAAUAUGUACUUUGGGGCCAAGAAGAAAAGGCACCGAUUGUCACUGUUUGAUCUGUGUCCUGACGAUGUGAUACUCAAGAUAUUCCAGCAUCUUCCCACGGACCAGUUGUGUCGGUGUGCCCGCGUGUGCAAGCGCUGGUACACGCUGGUCUGGGAGCCGUCUUUAUGGACACAAAUCACAAUUAACAAUGAGAUUGCCAAUAUUGAUCGUGCCUUAAAAUUUCUGACUCGCAGACUUAGUUAUAAUACGCCUCACGUCUGUAUUAUGGUGGAGAAAAUUAACAUGAACAGCUGUGAGAGACUCACUGACAAGGGGCUUCACUUGAUUGCCAAACGCUGUCCUGAGCUCCGCCAUCUUGAAAUUCAAGGCUGUGCCAAUAUUACCAAUCUGGCGCUGUUUGAGGUGGUUUCAAGGUGCACCAACCUAGAACAUCUCAAUGUCACAGGUUGUGCCCUGAUCACAUGUAUUAGUCUGACACCAGACGCCAAGCUGCAAUAUGGCCAGAACCCUUGUACUAUCUACCUCCGCCAUCUUGACAUGACGGAUUGUUACGCCCUGGAAGACUCUGGACUCAAGAUCAUUGCCUCCCACUGCACGCAGCUACAGUACAUGUACUUACGGCGCUGCAUGCGGAUUACAGACAUUGGCGUCCAAGCCAUAGCACUUUAUUGCACAAUGCUCAAGGAGUUCAGUGUUAGCGACUGUCGCAGGGUGACUGAUUUUGGAUUACGGGAACUUUCCAAGCUGGGAUCAAGCUUACGCUAUCUCAGUGUUGCAAAGUGUGAUAAAGUGUCGGAUGUAGGUGUCAAAUACAUCGCCAAGUACUGCAAGAAGCUUCGCUACCUGAAUGUUCGUGGGUGCGAAGCAGUUUCUGACGAUGCCCUCCAACUACUGGCAGAGAAUUGUAGGAGACUGAAAUCUCUUGACGUCGGAAAGUGUGAUGUAACCGACGAAGGCCUAGAGAUCCUAGCAGAACAUUGCCCUCAGCUUAAGAAACUCAGUCUCAAAUCGUGUGAUGCCAUUACUGACAGCGGGGUUGUUGCUAUUGCUCAAAAGUGCCGCCAUUUGCAGCAGCUGAACAUCCAAGACUGCCAUAUUACGGUGGAUGCUUAUAGGACGGUGAAAAAAUUGUGCAAGCGAUGUAUCAUUGAGCAUACAAAUCCUGGAUUCUACUGACAGUAAUGUGAGCCAUCCACAUUUCACUGGGUACCUCCAUUUUUCAAAGGAAUACACAACACCACAGGUUCAUGACACCGUGUGUCUGUAGGCUUCAAAGCCGCUUACAUCAUAUUUCAUUCCUUUGUAUACAAGUUGAUGCUUGUGUUCUUUGGUGGAUUAAAAUGUGUGAUUCCAGGGUCAGAAUUGUACGUGGAAAAUAAUUGUUGAAAGUAUCUAUGAUAAUGUGAGGGUCAUUCAGACACAAUCUGAAAUGGAUUUUUGAAUUAAUCAUCUUGAUUCUUAAGAUGUGAAGCCAUCACAAAACCCUUAGAACCUUGGUUGGGGAAAAAACCAAAUGUACCAGCAUGUUAGUACACAUGGCAUAUUAUUAAUUAAAAAUGUAAGCCCUGGUCAGCAGAAACCCAGGGGUUGACCCCCCAGGGACUCACCAUUAACCACAGAAAGACCCAGUUCAAAUGUUUGGAUGUAUUCCUCACUGAAGUUGAACACCUUUAAAAUGGGAUUGGGGAUUGAUACUUCUCAGGCAAGGAGGGUUUGUUUUUCAUACCUGGAAUACCGAGUCAUAAACUUUAAGAAGGAAGGACAUACAUUACCAUCACACAGGCUAUGCAAUGCCAUCGUCAUCUUUUGAUCCACUCAGAUGGAUGUUGUAGAAUAAAAGGACGAAUUAUGCAUUUAUAUAAGUAAAGGUUUAGUUUAUUUAAAUUUCCUUUAUGUGAUAUGUAAUAUAGCUACAAUUGUACAUUGAUUUUAUUUUAUGGUAACACCCAGCCAGAGGCUGUUGAUAGUGUUCAUGUCAUGUAAUAUAGUGUAGAAAGAGUCAUGGUAUGUAAUAUC